AUGGAGCUGGAUGAUACUGCUGUGGCUGCUGCUGCAUCUGCUGCUGCUGUACCUGCUAUAGAAUCUGUUCCUGAUACAGUUGAAACUGAUGGAGCUACUGAACACGCCAUUGUUAUUGUGGCUCUGUUGCUCACUGCUCAUGUUAUCGGAGCCUCGGCCUCUCCAUCAGUUAUUAUCGUCGGCGCUGGCAUGUCCGGUAUCUCGGUGGCAAAAACCCUAUCGGAUGCCGGGAUAAAGGACAUACUCAUCUUCGAGGCCACAGACCACAUUGGUGGCCGCAUUCACAAGACUAAAUUCGCAGGGCUCAACGUGGAGAUGGGAGCCAACUGGGUAGAAGGGGUCAAUGGUGAUGAGAUGAAUCUAUGGGAAAUGGUUAACAAACUCUAACUUAAGACCUUCUACUCAGACUAGACUAACAUCUCCUCCAACACUUACAUGCAAGGUGGUGGGCUAUACAAAACCUCCGUAGUGCAGGAGGCCAUUGAUCUCUCUGAGAAAGUCGACGAAUCCGGAGAGACACUAUCCACGUCAUUACCUUCCAGCGGGCGGGAAGACAUCUCCGUCUUGGCAUUCCAACGCCUCAAGAACCACGUUCCUUCCUCACCUUUGAAGAUGGUAAUAGAUUACUACGUCUAUGACUACGAGUUUGCAGAGCCUCCGCGAGUGACAAGCCUGCAAAACAUUGUUCCUCUGCCCACAUUUGACAACUUUGGCGAAGACCUCUAUUUCGUGAGAGACCAAAGGGACUACGAGAGUGUGGUGCAUCAUGUGGCCAAGCAGUUCCUCAAGACUAACGACAAAGAUCCGCGGCGCCUGUUAAACAAAGUGGUAAGGCGCAUCCUUUAUUCGAUAGGAGGUAUAACUCUGAUUACAGAGGACGGCAUGAGUUAUAAAGCAGAAUAUGUGAUGGUUUCUGUUAGUAUUGGCGUUCUCCAAACAAAACUCAUUGAUUUCAAGCCAGUCUUACCUCAAUGGAAAAUCCUAGCCAUAUAUCAAUUUGAUAUGGCAGUUUAUACCAAAAUCUUCCUCAAGUUCCCUUACAAAUUUUGGCCUGAAGGGAAUGGGACAAAGUUCUUCCUUUACACCAAUGAAAGAAGGGGAUAUUAUCCAAUAUGGCAGCAAUUUGAAAAGCAAUAUCCAGGUGCCAAUGUCCUCAUGGGUACAGUAACAGAAGAUGAAGCUAGAAGAAUAGAACAACAGAAAGAUUAUGAGAUAAAGGCAGAAAUUAUGGAAGUUUUAAGAGAAAUGUUUGGUAAAAACAUACCAGAGGCAACUGACAUACUUGUUCCUAGAUGGUGGUCUAAUAGGUUUUACAAGGGCAGUUUCUCUAACUGGCCAAUUGGAGUCAAUCGAUAUGAGUACGAACAGAUUAAGGCACCUGUUGGAAGAGUUUACUUCACUGGGGAGCACACGAGCGAGCAUUACAAUGGCUAUGUCCAUGGUGCCUACCUUUCUGGCAUUGACUCUGCAAACAUAAUGCUUAAAUGUAUCAACAAUAAAAUGUGCAGGGUCCAAAUCAAAGCCAAGGAUGCAUAA